AUGGCUGGAACAGGGCGCCAUGUCCCCCUGAAUGCGAGGAAUGGUUUGACUUCAAUCGCGACCGCUGGCGAAUCGCGCGCCGAUAUCAACUCGGGGUACCACGACGAAGGCCGCCACUCCACGUCCACCUUCGAUGCUGCUCAUGGCGGCCCGGUUACAUCACCCGGUUUCAACCCUCCUUACUCUCCCGGGAUGAGGUCGCAGACGGCGCAACGGUCGAGUGCAACCGAUGGAUUUGAAAUGCAGAGCCCAACGGGCGAAAUCCCGAUGCAAUCUUUCCGAGAUGGUGUGCCGCCGCCGCCUUCGGUCGCUAGUUCCUGGACCAAGAUCGACAACUGGGCUGAUGAGAACUACCCCGAACUAUUUGACCAGCUCUGCGAAGGCUGCACGACCAAUGACAUCAACGAGCUCGAGUACCAGCUCGACUGUUCACUUCCGCAGGAUGUCCGGGAAUCGCUGCAGAUCCACGACGGUCAGGAGCGAGGCGGAACCCCCACGGGUAUCAUUUUUAGCGGGAUGCUUCUUGACUGCGAGGAGAUCGUGCAGGAAUGGGAAAAUUGGCGCAAGGUCAACCAGGAAUUCUUACUUGAGCCGACUUUCCCCAGGCCGGCGGUUCCUUCAAAGGCUUUCGGCGGAAGCAACCAGGCAUCGUCAUCCACGGCAGCGUCGUCCAGCUCGGCUCCGACAUCACCUCGAAACGUGAACUGGAGGCAAGAUUUACUGGCUCGUCAAGACUGCGUUCCUCCAAAUGCGAUUCAAAAGGCCUAUGCGCACCCCGCCUGGAUCCCCCUUGUGCGGGACUGGGGUGGCAACAACCUGGCGGUCGACCUUGCGCCGGGGCCAAAAGGCCAGUGGGGCCAGGUGAUCCUCUUCGGCCGCGAUUACGACACCAAAUACGUGGUUGCGCGGUCAUGGGCGGCCUUCCUGGGUAUCGUUGCGGAUGACUUGAGCAGUGGGAGGUGGUUUAUCGACGAGGACUCUGGCGAGCUCAAGCUGCGUGAAUUCAAGCAGGCUCGUGUCGAACCAUCUUAUUUCGACAUCCUGAGGUGGAGAACGGACCAAAAAUACGGCCGCACGGCCGCGAAGCGGAAGUCAAUGGCACCAGCGGGUUCACUUAGCGCGCCGAACUCGCCCUAUGCCAACCCUACGGAGCCCGGUGGUGAACCCCGCGGCCGGUCGAUGCAGCGUCUUAGCGCCAUCUCGCCGAUUCCCAGUCCCAUCCGGCCCGGUUAUGGGAAGUCGAGCCCGCUGGCGCGUGUAGCCGAGGAAGGGGCGGCAACUAGUCCAACCGUGGGGUUGAAACCCGGAGAGAAGUUAGUCGAGGUCGAUACUCCUCGGCAUAGUAAUGAAGAAAACAAAGAGACCGCCCCGAGGUUACCGGACCUGGCCAACGGCGAGGCGUCUGCGGAUGAGACCAAGCCUGAAACGCAGGCAAAUGGUUCGACAACAGCGAACGGAAAGCAGCCCGCUGAGGAAUCCGAAACGAUGAAGACAAUUGAGAUAUGAGGUGCAAAGAGCGGGCGCGCAGCUACGCCGGGCAAUAGUUUGCAGGCGGAUGCUCAGCCCUGGACGAAUUUCAUACAUACACACAUCGACGCGGGACCGAGAACUACUUCUGGCGUUUAGGGCGCCUUGAUCUGAUACCGAUAAAACGAUUGCGGCUUGGGAAACUUCUGUUCUUGGCGUCAUCAAGACCUCCGCUGCUUAUUAUCUUUGGGGGCUUUCUUUGUUCCCCCCGUUACACGCGAACACAAGAGACCUGCCAAUUCCUACGCCUUGUCUUCCCCUUGA